AUGACUUCCAUUAGACUCUUCUUCUGUCUUGCAUUCAUAGCUACUACUUAUGGCUGCGGUGUGCCAGCCAUCAAGCCUGUGGUCACCGGCUACUCGAGGAUUGUGAAUGGCGAGGAGGCAGUACCAGGGUCCUGGCCCUGGCAGGUGUCCCUUCAGGAUGCAACUGGUUUCCAUUUCUGCGGUGGUUCUCUGAUUAAGGAAAACUGGGUCCUCACUGCUGCCCACUGUGAUGUGAGCGUUAACAAGCAUUAUGUAGUCCUUGGUGAGCACAACAGGAGGUCCUCGGAUGAGCCAAUACAGAUGAAGACCAUCGCCAAGGUCUUUACUCAUCCUGGAUGGAGUCGCCGGACACUGCAGAAUGACAUCGCUGUAGUAAAGCUCUCAGAUCCUGCUGACCUCACUCUCCACGUGUCUCCCGUCUGCCUGCCCGCUGCAACAGAUGACUUUCCGGCAUCCAUGAAGUGUGUUACAUCCGGAUGGGGCAUGACUAACGCCAAUGCGUUCAUUUCUCCCAGUAAACUGCAGCAGACAAGUCUUCCCCUCCUCAGCAACAUGGACUGCCAGGAGUACUGGGGUGACAAAAUUAGUGGCGUCAUGAUCUGUGCUGGUGGGGCAGGUGCUUCCUCCUGUAUGGGGGAUUCAGGAGGUCCUCUGGUCUGUGAGAUGGACAACUCGUGGCAUCUGGUCGGUAUUGUUUCCUGGGGUAGCAGCGGGUGCUCCACCGACUUCCCUGGCGUUUACGCUCGGGUGACUAAAUUCCGAGCUUGGGUUGAUGAGAUCCUUGCUGCUAAUUAA